AUGACUGGCGACUUGUUUCAGCUGCUGCUGACUGAGACAUUCCAUUCCUCAAAUAUCACCGAUCAUUAUACUUCGUUUGGGGAUAAUGCAAUGACUACGCACAUCCAGGGAUAUCUUACGGAUAUAUCUGGUAUCUUUGCCGUUAUCGAGGUGAAGCUGAGAAUUUGCAACUGGGAUAAAUACCCUAAGCUUCCGUGGCAGGAGACUGCUGAAAUGGUUUCCUGGAUCUGCACGGUGUGA